AUAUUUGAAUAGAAAAAAUAUUGAUAAACAGUUUAACGAUAAGAAUUUUUAGAAAAUGUGAUAAAUUUUAGUGUAUAAUAAAUUUAUAUAUUUUUAUGACCCUUGAAGUUUUUUCUACAAAUUCAUAUUCUAAAUUUCUUAAGUUUACAAAAUUUUCUUUUAUGAAAACUUGUGAAAAUUGAAUUUAGCAGCCAGUAUUUUCGUCUAUAUAAAUUCAUUUAACGCCUAAUAAAAAUUUCUGCACGUUACACCUGAGAGAGAUAUAUGUGAUGUGAUGUGAUGUGAUGGGAUGGGAUCCGGCAAAAUGGCAACUAUGUAGCAGAAGCAAGUGAAAUAUUUCUACAAAAUAUGCGGCGUAGCCCCUGGAACCCAAUCAGCUACCAUGAUCAUGGAAGGGCUUGAAACCCUGGUGGCGCCAACGCAUCACGCAUUCCUGCUAACCGAAACGGCCGCUGCGGCCCAUUUCAAUGUCCUGAGCUUCGAUACGUGCCUCUUCAAGACCAGCACAGCGGCUCAGAGCAGCAGCCCAUCGACAGCGGCCUCGACAGCCUAUUUUGGCAAUCCCAGUGCCAGCACCAGUUCAUCGACAAGCAGUUCAAACAGUUCCCAAACAUUGCUUCAUUAUUCAUCCGUAUCGGCGGCGGCAGCAGCAGCAGCGGCCGCAGCAUCGGCAGCGGCUUCAAAUAGCAACACAAACAACUCCGUGUUAAGGGCACGCAAUCAAACAACCACCCCAACUCAGGGCGGUAGUCCGGGCCUUGCCCAAGCAGCACAGCCAAGUGCUGCAGCCAGUAGUGGUCGCAGCUCGGCCUCCCAUUUGAGUCUAUUGAACACAAGUCAACAUAGUCCCGUACAGCCGGAAGGUGCAGAGCAUCACCAUCACCAUCACCACCACCAACAACAACAACAGCAUCCUCAGCAGCAUCAUCAACAGCAGCAUCCGCUGAUUGAGGCUCUGCCCGGUGAUCUCAAUACGCCGGUGACUACAUCUACCGAUAUACCCUCGUUUUUUGGUCCAUCCACUGUGGUGGAGCCACCCCCAAUUACCGGCUCUAUUGAAUCAGAGGACUUAUCUCUUGAGCCACAAAUUGUCUCUGUGGCCAGUCCGGUAUUGUCGUCGUGCAGUACCUUGAAGGAGGAGCGUAGCACACCGCCAAUUUUGACAAUUGUUAAGGAAGAAUCAAGUAAUAAUAGUUGUAAUAUGUAUUCACACAACAACAACAACACAUCAACAACAACAACAACAACACAGGCAAAACAGAAUACAAGUGAAAACAAUGAUCACACAAAUGAAAGCGGCGUUGGUUCGCCAGCAACAGCCUCACAUUCACAACAACAACAACAACAGCAGCAGCAACAACAACAACAACAGCUGCAUCACAAUAGUAACACGAAUACCAAUACGAAUUGCCACCACAGUCAUCAGCAGCAACACCAACAACAACAACAACAACAACAACAACAACAGCAACAACAACAACACAUGAGCUCCCCGCAACAUCAGCAACAAUACCAACAACAACACCAAAUAUUACACGAACAAUUGCCACAUCAUCAUCACCAUCAUCAUCAUCAUCACCAUCAUCCACACAAUCACCACCAACAACACCAACAACAGCAACACCAACAACAACAACAACAACACCAACACUAUCAGCAGCAUGCUCUACAACAGCAACAACAACAACAACAACAGACUGGCAAAAUCUCAUAUCGUGGCAUUUUUACCACCACAGGCAACCUCAACAACAACAACAACAACAGCAAUCACAUGAGCCAACAACAGCAGCAACACCAGCAGCAAUUGGCCUCGCCGCAGCAACUAAACGUAUUGCCUGGCCAAAUGUCACCACCCUCUAAUAGUCUCGGCAAUAGUUGGGGUCUACCUAGCCCUGACAAAUCUCUAUUCCAACCACCCAUGUUUAAUUUGCCCGCACAAUAUGCUAUGCAACAGCAGCAGCAGCAACAACAACAGCAGCAGCAACUACAACAGCAGCAGCAGCAACAUCCCCAACAUCAACAGCAAUCUCUUACGCCCACUUCGUACGAUGAUGGCCGAGCAGCCGCCGCCGCUGCAGCAGCUGCUGCAGCUGCUCAGCAACAUGCCGAAUUGCUUGGCCUAACAAUGGAUUGCACCCCAUUGUUGCUUAAACCAGGACCGCCGCCAACAUAUACGGCAACAACGAGUGUGACAGCCGCAACAGUGGGAUUUACUAGCCUGGCGGAAUUGCAAACCACCCAUGAGCAACAGCAACAACAAUACGCUGCUCGUAGUCAGAUAUCCGGAACCAAAUAUCAAUGGUUGGAUAUGGAUCAGCAACAAGUACAGCAACAGCAGCAACAAGUGCAACAGCAAUCGCAACAGACAUUGGUAUUGCCGGGACCUACUUCAUCGGCUAGCUCUAGCAAUGCAGCAUUGGGUGUUCUGAUACCCAAACAGGAACAAUCCUAUCCAGAGCCCAGUUCAAAUGGCACCGGUUACUCAGUGACAUCUGGCGCCGGGAGCAGUGGCAAUGCUAAUGCUACAGCAGUGCAACUAGCUGAAUAUAGUCCUUCUACUAGCAAGGGUCAUGAGAUAUUGUCACAAGUCUAUCAACAGAGCACCUUGCCCUUGAAAUUGGUUCCGGUCAAGCCACGAAAAUAUCCAAAUCGUCCCAGUAAGACACCCGUACAUGAGCGACCCUAUGCCUGCCCGGUGGAAAACUGCGAUCGCCGGUUCUCCCGAUCCGAUGAACUCACCCGCCAUAUACGCAUUCACACUGGCCAAAAGCCAUUCCAGUGUCGCAUUUGCAUGCGUAGCUUCAGUCGCAGUGAUCACUUGACCACCCACAUACGGACUCACACGGGUGAGAAGCCAUUUAGUUGUGAUAUAUGUGGUAGGAAGUUUGCCCGAUCCGAUGAGAAGAAGCGACAUGCCAAAGUUCAUCUAAAGCAGCGUAUCAAGAAGGAAAGCAAAGCGUCUAGAAGUGAACAACAGCAGCAGCAGCAGCAGCAGCAACAGCAGCAACAGCAACAACAGCAGCAGCAACAACAACAAUUGCAACAGCAACAACAUCAUCAAUAUCAACCGCAUCCCCAUCAUCAUUUGUUGCAGGCAGCCGAUUUGGCAAUUGUCACCUCUGCGGCAGCAGCAGCAGCAGCAACGUCCAUGUAGACCGAAGAGAAUUCAACAUCAACGAUUGAUUCCUCCCAUCAUGAUCGUCAGGUGCCAUUUCUGGAUCUCAAUCUGGAGCAUUUAGAGGUUGGUUUAACCUCAGAUUAUGGCACAUUGUCGCCAUUAAAUAGCCCCCGAUUGCAGUUUAAAUACGUGUUUGUUAGUCAGAAUGCAGAGGAUAGCCAGCCGCUAUUCAGCUGUAGGGAGGAUAAAGAGGGGACUGAGGAAGAGGAAUCAAUUGUAGAUGCUGAAUCUGAUUAAGAACAUAAAAAUUCAAUAUAAGCCAGAGAGUUAAAUGUUGUUGAAAUUAUUCGGGUUGUAAUCUAAAAUACAUAUGUGUGUAUUAUGUAUGUAUCAUACAUACACCUAUUUUAAUGUGUAUGCAAGACACUAAAUCUUAAAUUAUAGCAUAGCCCACACGGACACUAAAACACACAGACACACACACACUCACAAACAACACGGACAAACAAAAAGUUACUAACAAUGCCUAAUUGAAAAAUAAUAAUAAUCCUAAUAACAAAUACACACGCACACACACACACAAAAACCAUAUUUAACUUAUAUCUCUAAUACUGUGAUCUCAUGUGUAAUAAUUAUUAAUUUUAAUUUCUUUUUUAACUA